AUGUUUUAUGUGAUGAACUCCAUGCCCCUGCACUUCUUGUUUCAGUUGUUCAUUGCAACUUUGUGCAGCAGCAGCAGCUGCUGCUCUUGUGAGAGUGCAAUACAAGGUGUAGUGGAGGUUCAUGAUUCUGCAUCUAUAGGUUUGGUCAUGGCGUCAGCUGCCUAUCUUGACGACAUUGAUGCUGAAGUUAUCGACCCUCCAAAGAUUGAGAUGUUAGAUGUCACAGAACUCGUCGGUGAUCUUAUCGAGCACUCACCGAAACCAAAUGUCAUAGUUUCUAGCAAUGUGCGUGAGCUAUUGGAAUGCCCUGUGUGUUUGGUCGCCAUGUAUCCUCCAAUUCAUCAGUGCUCCAAUGGUCAUACCAUUUGUUCUGGAUGCAAGCCAAGGGUUCAUAAUCGCUGUCCAACUUGCAGGAGUGAAUUGGGUAACAUAAGAUGCCUUGCUCUAGAGAAGGUUGCUGCCUCUCUAGAGGUUCCAUGCAAGUUCCAGAACUUUGGAUGCGUGGGAAUAUAUCCUUAUUAUUGCAAGCUGAAGCAUGAAUCACAGUGCCAAUACAGACCCUACACUUGCCCAUAUGCGGGAUCUGAAUGCACUGUCACUGGUGACAUUCCGUAUCUAGUGAAUCACUUGAAGGAUGAUCAUAAGGUUGACAUGCACAGUGGAAGCACCUUUAAUCAUCGCUAUGUCAAAUCAAAUCCUCAUGAAGUUGAGAAUGCUACAUGGAUGCUUACGGUUUUCAGCUGCUUUGGGCAGUACUUCUGCCUGCACUUCGAGGCGUUCCAGCUGGGCAUGGCGCCGGUCUACAUCGCCUUCCUGAGGUUCAUGGGAGACGACGCCGAGGCCAAGAACUAUACCUACAGCCUGGAGGUCGGAGGCAUCAACCGUAAGAUGACCUGGCAGGGCAUUCCUCGGAGCAUCAGGGAUAGCCACAGGAAAGUGCGGGACAGCUACGACGGGCUCAUCAUCCAGCGCAACAUGGCCCUGUGCUUCUCCGGCGGCGACAGGAAGGAGCUCAAGCUGCGGGUCACCGGGAGGAUUUGGAAGGAGCAGUGA